AUGGCUGCACCGACCAAGUUCAGUUUUUCCGUCAGGAGCAUCCUGGAUUUGCCGGAGCGAGAUGCGGAGGCAGCACCACGGUCCUCCCCGGUUUACUCCUCCUGCUCGUCCAGCUCGCCCUACACCUCCUGGAUCGAGUGCGACCGGAGCCCCUGCAUGUCCUCCGAUGAGGGCAGUUUCGAGGCCUCCCCAGACUCCACCAAGCCGGAUGACUCGUCCCUGGACUCGGAGCCAGAAAGAACCAAAAAGAGCAAGAAGCGUCGAGUUUUGUUCUCCAAGGCCCAAACCCUGGAGCUGGAGAGGCGCUUCCGCCAGCAGCGCUACCUGUCCGGCCCGGAGAGGGAGCAGCUGGCCCGCCUCCUCAGCCUGACUCCCACGCAGGUGAAGAUCUGGUUCCAGAACCACCGCUACAAGAUGAAGCGAGGCCGAGCGGAGGGAGCGCUGCAGGACGUGGAAAUAGCGCAGCCUCCGCCGCUGCUGCGCAGGGUCGUUGUUCCGAUCCUGGUCCGGGACGGGAAACCUUUUCACACCUGCUUACUUGACACGGAGAAAGUGAGCUGUUUACCUCCAUCCUCUCAGGCGGUGCCCUUCCCUUUAGCCUACCCGUCUCUGCAGCAUCCCUCCGCGGUCGCUCUCCCUCCGAGGUACCACCAGCACUUUCCAGCCGCGGCGGCCUCCAGAUUCGCCUGGAGAGACUUUUGGAGCGACUCGGUCCCGUUUAAUUCCUUCAAGUGA